CGUCAUCAUGGCGGGAAGUAGUUGCUGAGACAACUUCCACUGAGCAGGUUUGCUCCGCAGUUAAAUGUUCGACUUCAAGCAGUGAGUGGUUGUUAUUUAUAGAUAGCUAACUGAUGCUAAAAUGUCUACAUCUUCAGUAUCAAAGGGUUGUUUUGUUUUCAAGCCAGACGCCCAGAAGAAGAAGAAAAUUUCACUCGGUUUAGAGGACUACUUUAAUAAUGGCUGUGAAGGAGCUGAGACCAAUGAAAUGCGCUUCAAACUCUUUCAUGAUCUAUGGAACAAAACAACAACAGAUACAGAGCUUUUGCAGGAGGAACUCAAUAGGCAAAUCCUGGACAACCUGCUGGACUUCACCAAGAAGUCUUCCUCCACUCGUCAACAAAGCGACUGGGCCUCUCAGAUGAGGGCAAGCGAGAUUCCCACAGCAGCGCUCAUGCUUGGUGUAAACGUGCCGGACCAUGACAUGACCUUCCAGAGCCUGUCUGAGCUGCUACAGCAGUCUGUCACUCCUCAUGUAGCCUGUGUCCAGGCCAAAGAGUGUACAGCAUUAAAGCACUUGAUGAAGAGGGUCUUGGAAAGGUUGAUGGACACCGUGGUGGCUUUUGAUGAUGAAGAUGAAGAUGAGGAGGCGGAGCAGAGAAGCACUCAGGCACACAAGAAUAUGCAGUGUUCCCUGAGCUCGCUCUGUGAAUGGUACAAUACGCAAACAAAGAAAUCAGACACUCCUGGGAAAAAGCGCAAGUCUCCAAGCAAAGAUCAUCAUCCUCCCAUUGUUGUUAUUUUUAAAGAUUUGGAGGCCUUCAACCACAGAGUUCUUCAGGACUUCAUACUUACCUGCAGUCGCUACAUCGAGCGGCUCCCUCUCAUGUUCAUCUUCGGCAUCGCCACAUCGCCCAGUACCAUCCAGCACAUGCUUCCCCACUCUGUGUCGUCGCUGCUGUGCAUCGAGCUCUUCCAGUCCCUGUCGUGUACUCAGCACUUGGCCACCGUCAUAGACAAGUUGAUCCUGACAACUCAUUUCCCCUUUAAGUUGACUGGCAAAGUAAUGCAAGUGCUGGUCAGCCUCUUCCUCUACCAUGAUUUCUCAGUGCGGAACUUCAUCAAGGGCUUUCAGCUGGCCCUGUUGGAGCACUUCCACUCACAGCCUCUCAGUGUGCUGUGCUGCAAGAAGAAUGAAGCUCUGCGAAAAGUCACGCUGCUCAGCCACACCGACCUAGAGAGGAUCAGGAAGCUGCCAUCAUUCACAAGGUAUGUUGAGAAGCAGCAAACUGAAGAGCAAGCUGAACUGUUAAAGAAUGAUGCUCACCUUAAGGAGGUUUGCCAACAGCUGAUCAAGGACCUUGGCAAAUACCACAAGAACUAUUACCCCACACUCAAGUGUCUUCACGCUUUGACCUCGUCAUUGCCUCGCUACCCGCUCGGUAAACAGAUUCGGGAGCUCCAUUUAAUAUGCUUGGAGAAAAGUGUUUGGGAGACCGAGGAUUACCAGUCAGCCUUGAAGCUGCUUAAGAUGUUGGCCAAGGAUGAGCUGAUUGCAUUGCUCCAGAGAUGCGCGGAGAUCCUGCAGCCGGUCAAGUCAAAGAAGAUGAUGAGCGCCCUAGUCCAGCUGGAAGACAUGCUCGCCAAAUUUAAGCAGUUGGAUGUUCUUGUACCAGCAGCUGCCAACGAGGUGGUUCAAUGUGAGGAAGAAACUCUCACCUCUCCUGUGAAGAACCUUCAGAAAAAGACUGACCUGUUCCAGCUGCAGAAGGCUCUUCUGGAGAUGAAAGAGUCCAGAAGGUCCAAGAAGCAAAGUCCAUUCGAGAUCCUACGAAGUGAAGCACUGGAGUUUUUCGACUGCCUCGUAAAGAGUCACCUGUCUCCUCCAGAAUGUCAGACGCUGAAUGAAAUUUGCUACUACAGCUCCUCAUCCACCAUCAGACGCCAUCUCAAUGCGACACCUCGCAUUUCCAUUCAGGCAGCGCUCAGAAGUCCUUACUAUUAUCUUUUGAAUGAGAACUUAAAAACAGAGGACGGGAGUGUCUCCAAUGCGGCGCCAGACAUCUGCCUCACGUACAAGCUGCACCUGGAGUGUGGCCGCCUGAUUAACCUCUAUGACUGGCUGCAAGCCUACGCCACUGUGGUCUCUGCUGCAGACGGCCAUGAUCCGGAUUCUGACGACUUUGGGAAAGUGGAUGACGUCAAACACGCUCGGUUCAUCCGGGCCGUGUCGGAGCUAGAAUUUUUGGGCUUUAUCAAGUCCACCAAGCAGAAGACAGACCAUGUGGCCCGACUUACGUGGGGGGGAUGCUGACUUGCAUUUCAGUGGUUCAAAUUGACUUUUUUGUAGUUCCCCUUUUACCUUAUCGGCAGCAUUCAAAGUCUCUUUAAAUGUUAAUCUGUCAACAAGCCCAGGCUUGUGUGAACUUAUGAACUGACAUGUGCUGUAGAUAUAUACCAAUAACUUCAUAAAGUGACUGAAAGGUG